AAAAUUUACUAGUUUCAACAAGUAUAAUUUGUAAUAGAAUAUCUAUUUGAAUUUAAUUACUAAAUACAUUAAUAGUUUUGUCUGUUUUCAUAGUUAAAAGUUCUGUUCAUUCUAUAAGAAAAAAGUGCUAUACACCUCAAGCUGCUCAAUAUAUAUUGUUAAAUUUAACUUUGUUUCUUUUAAAUAUCUAUCAUGGAUUGGAUGUAUGAUGGUACACAAGUACAGAAAGACGAUUAUCUUUUGGGGAAGAAAAUAGACAAAAAAUUUGGUGAAAGCACAGAUAAUGAUUCAAUUUUACCACCAAAAAUAUGCGCAACAGAUAAAUUUUCUCAAGUAGAUUUGACAAAAAAAAUUUUAGAAGAUCCAUUAGUGAAUAUAAAAAAACGUGAAAUUGAAGUUACACAAAAAAUUCUUCAAAAUCCAAUGCGCUUGAAAAAACAACAAAAUAUUCAAAAAGAAAAACAUACCAUUGAUGAUCAUCAGCUAGAUAUGAUAUUAGUUAGCCGUUUGAAAUCAUACGAAAAAGCUGGAUUAGAUCUUGCAAAAAUACUGUCAAUUACGAAACAUAAAGAAAAAAAAGAACAUAAAAGAAAACACAAAACAGAAAAGUCUAGUUCUGAAGAAGAUGAAAAAAAUGCCAAUCGUGAAAAAUUAACAAACAAGAAAAAAAGACAUAUGCAAAGGUCUGGUAGUUUUGAACGAGAGAACAAGCAAAAAGAAAAAAAAAAAAGGGAAAGAAAGACAUCAAUUUCAUCUUCAGAUGAUAAAGAUUCUUCUAAGAAAAAUAAAUUAACAAAAGAAUAUAAACAUCAUAAGAAUGAUAACCAAAAAAAUAAAGAUCAACAUAGAAAACAUAGAUUAGUAAGUACAGAUAAUAGAGACAAUAAUUUUCAAGAUUAUAAAAAUAAAAGAAAUGAACGUAACAGAUCUAUUUCAGAAGAAAAUUAUGAACAAAAUGAUAAGAUUUCAAAAAAUAAAUUUAAAAAUAAUCAUUAUGACAAUGGCGAUAAUAAAAAGUAUGGCAAUGAUAUGAAAAAAUAUGGAAAAUACAAAGAGCAAGAAUCUAAAAGUAGAGAAAAAAGACAUGAUAAUAAAAAGAAACAAACAUUAAGUUCAGACAGAGAACUGGAACGGAAAAAACCAAAUAAUACUACUGAACAUGGAAAACAUAGUUCUAAAGUUAAUGACAACUACCACAGAUCAAACAGUUCUGAUAAAGAAUACGAGUCAAAGGUUUCUAAAGAUUCAAUAAACAGGCAUAAACAUCAUAAAAAUUUGAAUAGUCGAAGAAGUAGAUCAUUAGAGAGUCUUCCAAAAAGGAACAAACAUCACAAAACAAAUGAAAUUAAAAAAGGUAAACAUCGACAAAAGUCCAGUUGUUCAUCUAGUUCAGAUGACGAAAGAAAAAAUAAUAGUGCAGUAAAGCAGAUCUCCAAACAUCGACAUAGUCCAGAAUUUCAAUCAGAUAGUGAUAAAGAUGAAGACAAAGGAAACAAGAACUAUGGAUUAUAUGUUCCUAAUGGUAAAAUUGUAAGAAAAUCAUCUUUUAGUCCGACACCUAUAAAAGAAAAAAAAAAUUCAAAUACAGUUCGACCCAAAUCACCAAUUGCUAAGAAAAGGAAAUUGACUGAAAAAGAAAUGGAGGAAAUGAGAUUAGAAAUGAUGGAAAAUGCCAAAAUUAGAGAUAAAGAACGUUCUUCUAAUGUAAAACGUUAUAGAAAAGAAGAUAAAAAAGAGGAAGAAAAACAAAAACCAUAUAAUAAAGAGUUUUUAAUUAAACAAUUGGCACAUGCAGCAUCACAAGUCAGUGUUGAAAGAAGUAUCAAGUCAAAUGUCAAUAAACUACAAAAGAAUAGUAAUAGUAUUGCUGAUUAAUCUUGUAUAUUUCAGUAUUUGUAUAUAAAGUAUCAAUACU